CCAGGUCUCCUGGCAACGCUGCGGCCCCGCCCACGUCAUGGCGCCCGAGGAGAACGCGGGGACCAAACUCUUGCUGCAGGGUUUCGAGCGCCGCUUCCUGGCGGCGCGCACACUGCACUCCUUCCCCUGGCAGAGCUUAGAGGCAAAGUUAAGAGACUCAUCAGAUUCUGAGCUGCUGCAGGAUAUUUUGCAGAAGACUGUGAGGCAUCCGUGUGUGAAGCACCCGCCAUCAGUCAAGUAUGCCCGGUGCUUUCUCUCAGAACUCAUCAAAAAGCACGAGGCUGUCCACACGGAGCCUUUGGACGAGCUGUACGAGGCGCUGGUGGAGACCCUGAUGGCCAAGGAGUGCACCCUGGGCCACUGGAGCUAUUUGCUGCCCUCGGAAGGGUCGGUCACAUUCUCCGAGAGCACAGCCAUCAUUUCCCACGGUACCACAGGCCUGGUCACAUGGGAUGCCGCCCUCUACCUUGCAGAACGGGCCAUCGAAAACCCGGUAGCCUUCACUAACAGGACUGUCCUAGAGCUUGGCAGUGGCGCCGGCCUUACAGGCCUGUCCGUCUGCAAGAUGUGCCACCCCCGGGCAUACAUCUUCAGCGACUGUCACAGCCGGCUCCUCGAGCAGCUCCGAGGGAAUGUCCUUCUCAAUGGCCUCUCAUUAGAGGCAGACAUCACUGCCAACUUACACAGCCCCAGGGUGACAGUGGCCCAGCUGGACUGGGACGUAGCGACGGUCCAUCAGCUCUCUGCCUUCCAGCCAGAUGUUGUCAUUGCAGCAGACUUGCUGUAUUGCCCAGAAGCCAUCGUGUCACUGGUCGGGGUUCUGCGGAGGCUGGCUGCCUGCCAAGAGCACAAGCGGGCUCCUGAGGUCUACAUGGCCUUUACCGUCCGCAACCCAGAGACGUGCCAGCUGUUCACCACGGAGCUAGGCUGGGCUGGGAUCAGAUGGGAAGCGGAAGCUCAUCAUGACCAGAAACUGUUUCCCUACGGAGAGCACCUGGAGAUGGCAAUGCUGAACCUCACACUGUAGGACUCACACACGACUCCAACGGGAUUGUGAGAAUCAAGUCACUCUCGUGGGAAGAAUUUUUAUAUGAGAAAGGGGAUAAAACUUUCAUUGGACUGGAAUGUUUGGAGAAUGUUAAAUUCCAAAUCAGGAACCACAAACUGCCCUCUAAUAAGACAUCGGCUAUCUAAGCGUGUGGGUGCCCCCUUUCUGCCAGCAGUUCUGGUUCUUAAGAAAAUCACCAUAAAUCAGACAUGAAAAUUCUGGCUCCAAAAAUAGCAUUUUCUUUGUGCAAAUAAAAACGUGUGUAUCAACUA